CAGCCAGUGACACUGAGGACGACGUGAGCUGGUUUAAAGACGCGUUUCUUUUCUUCUUCUUCUUUUUUUUUUUCAAUUGUUCCCAGCGAGACCAGCAGCACGGCUCAGAAGAUGUGGAGCGCUGCAGCGCUUACCAGACCUCAGUGAAACUUUUGCUGGUGGGCAGAGCGCACAGAGGGGAAGAGCUGGACCCGUAGCCAGUGUGUCGGUCACCGGAGAAGAUGGGAGACUUUCACUAGGUUGGCUCAGAGAAACACCAUGGCUGUAGACGCUGCAUCCAGUUUCAGUUUCUGCAGGCCAGCUGUGGAGUACAGGGCUCUGCCCGAGGACUUCAAGCACCAGCUGAGUCGACGGACAGGUGGGAACCUGACCUGGCAUGAUGGCCGCGGACAAAAAACAGCAGGAGGCAGAACAGUGAAGCUGCUACAGCAGCCGGGCACUGAGGCCCUGCAGUACCGCUCCACUGACAAUUAUGGAAUAUAUCACACGAGCCCAACACAGCCCAGCCUGAUCCGUCCUGUUGUUCUUUGGUCUCAACAAGAUGUGUGUAAAUGGCUGAAGAAACAUUGUCCACAUAACUACCUGACCUACGUGGAGGCGUUCUCUCACCACGCCAUCACAGGCCGAGCGUUACUGCGUCUGAAUGGGGAGAAGCUGGAGCGCAUGGGUUUAGUGCAGGAGACACUUCGACAGGAGCUGCUGCAACAGGUGCUGCAGCUCCAGGUGCAGGAGGAGGGACGCAACCUGCAGCUGCUCAGUAGAGGUGAGGGGUCCUUUGGAAGGAUAUCCUAACUAGGUGAUGGAGACAGUGUGAAGUAUAUGUAAUCAUACAACGUCAAAUGUGAAUCUGAUCUGUGGGACAAAUGCAUCCAGCGAGCACCGGUCUCCAGAAUAAUGUUGUUAACUGGAAGUUGGCAGUUUUUCAUUCCCUGUCUGCACGAUAAACUGCUAUGAUCUUUACAGACUGACUAUGAACUGUGAUGAAAAAGCAUCAUGACAAUCUGUUUAUCAAUUUAUUGCUGUCUGUGAUUAAUUAUUAAU